AAGGCGAGACCGCAGCCACAGCCUCAGCGCCACUCUCCUCCUCUUCGCCAUUCAGCCUCAGCUCGCGCCCCUCUGAGCCGGGACACGCAGACCGGACCAGUUCAGGACCACUCACCGAGUUUACAGCUCCAAAUCGGACAAGGCUAAACCACACACCGCGAACAUGCGUGAGAUCGUGCACCUGCAGGCCGGCCAGUGCGGGAACCAGAUUGGAGCCAAGUUCUGGGAGGUGAUCAGUGAUGAGCAUGGCAUUGACCCGACUGGAACCUAUCAUGGAGACAGCGAUCUGCAGCUAGACCGGAUCAAUGUCUACUACAACGAAGCUUCAGGUGGGAAGUACGUGCCCAGGGCCAUCCUUGUGGAUUUGGAGCCAGGCACCAUGGACUCAGUCCGCUCUGGCCCCUUUGGCCAGAUCUUCAGACCUGACAACUUUGUCUUUGGCCAGAGUGGUGCAGGGAACAACUGGGCCAAGGGUCACUACACAGAGGGAGCAGAGCUGGUGGACUCGGUGCUGGAUGUGGUGAGGAAGGAGGCGGAGAGCUGUGACUGUCUGCAGGGUUUCCAGCUUACACACUCGCUAGGUGGGGGCACUGGCUCUGGGAUGGGUACUCUACUCAUCAGUAAGAUCCGGGAGGAGUACCCUGAUCGCAUCAUGAACACAUUCAGCGUGGUGCCUUCCCCCAAGGUGUCUGAUACUGUAGUGGAGCCGUACAACGCCACUCUGUCUGUGCACCAGUUGGUUGAAAAUACAGACGAGACCUACUGCAUAGACAACGAAGCUCUUUACGACAUUUGCUUCCGCACUCUCAAACUGACCACACCCACUUACGGUGACCUCAACCACCUCGUUUCAGCCACCAUGAGCGGGGUCACUACCUGUCUGCGUUUCCCCGGGCAACUCAAUGCCGACUUGCGUAAACUGGCUGUCAACAUGGUCCCCUUCCCACGUCUGCACUUCUUCAUGCCCGGUUUUGCUCCUCUGACCAGCAGGGGGAGCCAGCAGUACCGCGCUCUGUCUGUACCUGAACUAACCCAGCAGAUGUUUGAUGCCAAAAACAUGAUGGCGGCUUGCGAUCCCCGGCAUGGUCGCUAUCUCACGGUGGCUGCGGUUUUCCGCGGCCGCAUGUCCAUGAAGGAGGUGGAUGAGCAAAUGCUGAAUGUCCAGAACAAGAACAGCAGCUACUUCGUCGAAUGGAUCCCCAACAAUGUGAAGACCGCCGUGUGCGACAUCCCACCACGCGGUCUCAAAAUGGCUGCCACCUUCAUUGGCAACAGCACAGCCAUCCAGGAGCUGUUCAAGCGCAUCUCCGAGCAGUUCACCGCCAUGUUCCGUCGUAAGGCUUUCCUCCACUGGUACACAGGAGAAGGCAUGGAUGAGAUGGAAUUCACUGAGGCGGAGAGCAAUAUGAACGACUUGGUCUCCGAGUAUCAGCAGUACCAGGACGCCACAGCCGAGGAGGGCGAGUUUGAGGAGGAGGGAGAAGAGGAAGGGGCCUAGAGCUGAAAUUGUCAUUCAUGGUUUUAUCAAGAGCACCCUUCACAACUCCAUCCAGCCAUCACUGCCACUCCACUGACUUCUCUGACCUCCUUAUUCUUUGCUCUUCUCUUCUGCUAUCUCUCUCUCUCUCUCUCUCUUGCUAUCUAUCUAUCUAGCUAUUGAUCUAUACACUCAUCUCUAUUUUCUGUCACUGUCAGAGGAGCCUUCACACUAAACCAGUUCUCAUCUCAGUGCUGCUUAGAAGUAGCUACACAGCUGUGCUUGUGGUCUUUUGUCAGUAGCUUUUUGAUAAUUGUUCAUUUUAUCAUCACUUUCAUAUAUGGGUCAAAAUAAACUCACAUAUAAAUGAUGUUAUUUGGCAUUGAUAUUAUCAAAUAAAUAUGAAAAAUCUUA